AUGAUCUUGAUCCUCCUAAUACGUAAAGGCAUCUCUCCUGUCUCAACUUGUAACGCAGAUACCGGUGAUGAUUUAAACGCUCUAGUACAAAUCCGAAGUGCCUGUGCCUGUUCCACAUCAAGUUUUUUAAGGUUCAAAAGUCUUAAAUGUACCUUCUUAAAACCUUGUAGACAAGUCACUUGUGCACAACCGUUUUGUUUUACUGUUCUCAUUAGAUUUAUUCAUUUGCAGGUUGUGCGACCUCAUGCACCUUUAAUUAAAUUUCCAGAUCGGAAGGAUAUCCCUAAGCCAAAUGUACAAGAGGCACUGAAGGUGCUUGCAGCCUGUCUCCCACAGAUCUCCCCAUCCGCACCUCCACCUACAGCAUCAAUAUCACCUCCACCCAGACCACCGGGACCCGUCAGCCGACUGCCUGGCACCCCUGACAGCAUUGAUGUAGUUGGAGAUCUCCCUCACAAAUACCGCAGAAGAACCCUUGCUUUAGAUGAAAUGGACUACAUCCAGCGUGGUGGGCCAGAGUGACUGUUGUCUGGUCUGGUUCAUUCAAUCAGAUUCUAUUUGUCAAAAUCAGUUGCCUGACAUUUUUUUCAGUAUAAGAGGAGUUCAUAAUAUGUUAUACAGCAAACCAAACUAAUUAAAUUACAGUUUAUUGUACAUACAUAUUUGACAGCUGUAAAGCCUGUGCUUGGUCGUUUCAUUAUUUAGGUGCUCUGUAUUUACAUUAAAAUGCAGAACUCUUUGCCUUCUUAUUCU